AUGGUGUACGACACUCCCGGCGGCGGUUCGUAUCUUUGUCAUCGCGCGCAGCUCCUGGCAGCGAUGAUCGACCUUGUCUCGCCUGAUCGGCUCAAACUGGGGAAGCGCGUGGAUACGAUAACAAGAGGAGAAGAUAACGAGAAGAUGGUUAUCAAGUUCUGCGACGGUACUUCUGCGGAAGCCGAUGGCGUUAUCGGUUGCGAUGGUAUCAAAUCUCGGGUCCGUCAGAUCAUCGCUGGAAUAGACAACCCGGCUUCAUACCCUCGCUAUGCCCACGAGAGUGCAUACCGCUGCCUCGUCGACAUGGACGAAGCCUUCCCUGUCCUAGGCCAUCUAGCCAAGCGCCAGAUUCUCUUUGCAGGCCACGGCGCGCACAUCAUGGCCUAUCCAGUCGCCGACUUCAAGUACCUCAACGUAGCAGCCUUUGUCCGCGACAGUGGCGACUGGCCGCAUGACCAGAAGCAUACAGUUUCAGCAAACAAGGACGACAUCGUCGACUCGUUCUCCCGAUUCGGCCCUUACGUGCGGGAUCUGGUCAAGUUACUCCCGGACGAGCUCAACCGCUGGGGCACGUUUGACACGUUGGAUCACCCGCUUUCUUCCUUCACCAACGGCCGCAUCACUCUUGCCGGCGAUGCCGCUCACGGUACAACUCCUCAUCUCGGAUACGGCGCGGGGAUGGGUAUCGAGGAUGCAACGGUGCUUAUAGCUGUUCUGGAGCAAGCUGCAAUGGUCUUGAAGAAAGGAGACCGAGGCAUCAGCAAGGAAGAUGCUCUAGUACAUGCAUUCGAAACGUAUGAUUCGGUUCAUCGAGAGCGCGCACAGUGGCUUGUCCGAAUCAGUCGCCGUCAAGGAGAACUCGUUAAAUGGGAGGUUCCUGAGAUAGGAGGGGAUUGGGAUGGAAUCUACAAGGAUAUGGAUGAACGGAUUCCACCGCUGCUAUUGUUCGACUGGGAAGGCAUGAUUCGUCAAGCCACUGACGAGUUCACCCGCCGUAUACAUUCCUGA